UAUAUUCCUAGAAAGGGUACACAGUUGGUAGGACAUUUAUUCUUUGAGUAAUUGGGUCUACUUCCAUCACUUUUUCAUCCUUUUCCCAAUUUUAAAUUUUCUCUCACCCUCUCCUCGAAUCGCCAAACCUUCAAAUAUUUCUAGUGUCUCGUGUAAACUCUGUCUCUUCGUAUCUGUGUCUGUGUAUAUAAAUAGAACGAGUGAAUAGCCGAUGGCAAAAAUGGGAGGAGUUGAUGAGACAGGAAAUUCACCAGCGCCUUUUUUAAGCAAGACGUAUGAUAUGGUUGAUGAUUUAUCGACCGAUUCAGUUGUGUCUUGGAGUAAGAGUAAUAACAGUUUCGUCGUCUGGGAUGUUCAGGAAUUUUCUAGGCAUAUUUUGCCUAAGUAUUUUAAGCACAAUAACUUCUCAAGCUUCGUCAGGCAGUUGAAUACUUAUGGUUACAAGAAGGUUGAUCCAGACUGCUGGGAAUUUGCAAAUGAGGGAUUUCUUAGAGGCCACAAACACCUCUUGAAGACUAUAAGUAGGCGAAAACCCUCUCAAAUGCAGGGUCAUCAGGAGACUGCCUCCCAUGUGCAAAGUUUAUCUGUUGGAUCUUGUGUUGAAGUUGGGAAAAUUGGAAUUGAAGAAGAGGUGGAAAGUCUUAAAAGGGAUAAAAGUAUUCAUACAGAGGAGCUAGUCAAGUUGAGGCAGCAGCAGCAGGCAACAGACCACCACUUGGAAAAUGUCGGGCAGCGUCUUCAGUUAAUGGAGCAAAGGCAACAACAAACAAUGUCAUUCCUUGCUAAGGCCUUGCAGAGCCCUGGAUUUAUAGCUGAACUGGUUCAUCAACAGAAUGAAGGUAAAAGGCGCAUUCCUGGGAUGAAUAAGAAGAGAAGGUUCCUCAACCAGGAAGAGGAAAAUUAUGCAGGCAAGUCGGUCAGUACUUUGCAUGACAGGCAGAUAGUCCGUUACCAGCCUUUAAUGAAUGAGGCAGCAAUAGCGUUGCUGCAGAAGAUCCUUAAAACUAAAGCAUCUGGUGGGCUGGAAACUAAAGUUAGGAAUACAAAUGGUUUCUUAACUAACCAUGCAAGGUCUUUUGAAAAUACAUUAGACACUGGUGGUACAUCCAGUCAUUUUUCUGGGGUUACCCUUUCGGAAUUGCCAACUUCUUCACAAUCUCAUCUGAUGUCAGAUUCAGGAUUUCCAUUCAACUCCAGUUUAUCUGAAGGACAUGGGAUCAAUACACUGGAAACUCUUGAAAUAACUGACCUUAAGCAGUCGAAGACUGGGCAUAUGCCAUACAAUGACGCAAUGCAAGGUAUUUUGGGUGGUGUAACAUCCUUUGUCCCUGAUGAACUUUCUACAGAUGUCUCUUUAGAUGAGAUGCCUAUGCUUCCAGGCAUCAAUGACAUUUUUUGGGAUCAGCUUCUUUUAGCAAGCCCUCUCAGCGGGGAUAAGCAUGAGAUUGGUUCUCUAGCAGUAGAAGAUGGUUUAACGAAGGAAGAGGAGGUUCCAAGAGUUCAAGCGAGUAAUUGUGAUGAAAUGAAGUACAUGAGUCAUCUUACUUAACAGAUGGAGCUUCUUGCAUCAGGCUCCCACAGUGAAUGAAAUUGCGAACUUUAUUUGAAUCUGAAAAACGUCAAGAGGUGAAUGCUCUGUAUUGGUGGACAGCAAUGCUUUUUUGGGAGACUGGUCUUCACCAAGGAUGAAGUUUUGAUUAGGAAAAAAUGUUUUCUGGUUAAUGCAUUUUGAUUCAGACACUUCGAGUAUUCGUCAAUUGUAGUUACCAGUGUGGGAUGAAAGGUUCUAAAAGAUUGCCACUGAUGGUAUAUAUGAGUUCUUUUUUAACAUAAUGGGAAUGACAAUUAGGAUAUGAUGGAGAUGUAAGUAAAACUUUCAAGAAAAUGUGAUACUGUUAAUCUGCAAAGGUUACUUCAAGCAGAUUUCUCCUAUGAUAUAGUCACUUCUCUUUUCCAGA